AUGUCUUCCAGCGAUGCCGGCACUUCAACUGACCCAUCGCCCCGAGGCGGUGGAAGAGGAAGAGGCAAAUCGCGUGGUGGAUUAGGGAAAUACCUUCGAGCACGAGGUCGAGGGCGUGGCGGUGGACGACCAGCAGAAUUUCACAAGAGGCUCGUACUCGAGGACGAGGAAGUAGUCGAGCUCGAACCAGACUCUGAAGAAGCCAGGGAGUUAGCAAGAAAGUAUGCGACGAGACAACUUGGCAGUAACGCAGAUCGAUAUGUAGAGCCAGAGCCAGUCCUUAACUCAGACGGAGAAGAAGAGCAAGAACCAGAAGUUGAUCUUUCGUCUUUCUUAGAACGACAGCGUUUGGACGAUUCGGAUGAGCCUUCAAGCACACUCUUGAUCAAGAAGGAUACAGAAGACGAUGAUGUCGAUGAAUCUCUCGCUCACCUAAUACCAAGCUCAUCUGAUGCAAUGCGGAGUCACAAAGGAAAGAUUCAAUCAAUUGAAUGGACUGAGGAACUCGAAGAGAUUCGGAGAGAGAAAGAAAUUGCAGACGCCAAUCGUGACCUGAAAAAUAGAUUUAAAGCAAACACAGAGAAGCAAAAGGGAAGACAAGCUCGUGGUGGUUUACCCGCACGCGCGAACGACAGAAAGAAAGAGAAAGUAUUGGAAGCCCCUCCUCUACCUACAGAGGAUAUUGCUCCUCCAAAGAGCGAAAAGGGGCAAAUGGAAGAUUUCCUGGAUGAUCUUCUAGGUUGA